UGGAACCGAUGGGCGGUGCUCAUUCACGCGCGCUUGCUCACUCCGCUCGCACUACACACGCGAGACGCGACGCGUUGCUGUCGGCGGUUCAUCUGCGAAUUGCGCGUGAUUACUGACCCACAUCUUAGAGACACGCAGAUCUGCGCAAACAUUCUGGUGGAAACGGCGAACACGCGGAGCCAAACAACAGGCAGGAUGAGCAAAGUCCAAGGCGGCAUGAAAUGCGUCAAAUACUUGCUUUUCGUCUUCAAUAUCAUAUUCUGGCUCUCCGGGUCACUGGUGUUGGCCGUGGGGUUAUGGCUGAGGUUUGAUCCGGACACAACCUCUCUCCUAGGUGGCAAUGGUGCACCUGAACACUUCUUCAUUGCGGUGUAUGUCCUCAUCGGCGCUGGAGGGCUCAUGUUGUUAGUGGGAUUCUUGGGUUGUUUCGGAGCCGUAAAAGAGUCGCAGUGUCUUCUGGGAUCGUUCUUCGCUUUUCUUCUGGUGAUCUUCGGUGCAGAAAUUGCCGCCGGGGUCUUUGGCUUUCUCAACAAAGAAACGAUCAUUAAGGAUGCACAAAACUUUUACGAGUCCAUUAUGGAAAAUGACAACGCGACCACUGUGGCCUCCAUGUAUCACAGUGUGCUGGAUUGCUGUGGGACUGAAUCAUCUCGUCCUCCUACAUUGUGUACCAAGGAAAGCCCUGAUAAGGAUUGUCUGAAAGCUCUAGAAGACUUCUUCAAUGAAAAGCUCUUCAUCAUUGGAUAUGUUGGCAUUGGCAUUGCUGGAGUUAUGAUCAUUGGCAUGGUCUUCAGCAUGGUUCUAUGUUGUGCCAUCCGGAACAGCAGAGAAGUUAUUUAGGUACCUCAAGGUUCCCCUCUUGCCCAUUUGGACUGUGUCUCAAAAUUCACCUUCUCGACCUCAUCAGACCAUCACAUUCAGUCAUGGGUACAGUGUGCGACUCCCACAAUGCAGUGCGGCUUUUGUAAACGACGUCUUUUUAAUUUUAAGCAUCGUUGCAUGGAUCAUUACUGCAACGACUGUAACCACAUUAACUUUUAUUUUGUCUUAAUUAUUUAUAACUGAAUUCUUGAUAUGAUCAAGUAUGCGAGUCCCUCCUCUUUUUGGGAAUCUACUUACUGAUGUAAAUAAGCUUUUUGAUGCCUCUUAAUGUUAUUUUUAAUGCUUGUACGUAUCUAUUGUGUGAACUACAGCGGGUUUUCUGUGCUAAUCUAGGGUUUUUCGAUCAUGGGUCUUAUCGAUUGAAAUGUUUACGCUGUUGUGCAUGUUAUUGUCGGUUUUUAAUGUUUGUCAGAAGGCUGGAUGAUACUGGAUGAAGCAGAGGAGUGGAUUCAGUAUUUCGACUUAAAGUCAACAUGAAACGAGCAUGACCCUGUUGUUUAUUGUUAAUAAUAGUCCUGGUUUAUCGUGUUUGGUCAUGUUAAGGAAUGUUUACUUUGUCACGUGUUUUACUACUGAAUACUGAUGUAAUGUAAACAUUUUAACAAACCAGUUGCUGGGACGUUCACAAACACAGACAGCAGAUGACGCCGGGCCGGAUCCGACCCAGACAUGGGAGUCAUCAGUAGGCUAUCACUGGAAAAUUGUAAAAACUCAGUCCAGCUUAAACAUUAAGCAUUUGUCUCAUUCUAAAAUUUCUACACAACAUAUGACCCAUUAGUUUCUAUCUCUGUGCCUUUCUGACAAAGUCCCACUAUAAACAUGUUUGCAAUUUAAAUACAACAUACUUAGAAUUGUAGCUGCAGUUAGCAUCAACGUUUAUAAAAUUGUAUGUUCACAUAGUUGCUUAACGUACAAUUGGAAAGAUUUUUAUAUAGCAUUGUGUCACAUGUAAAUUGCUUGGAAAUGAGAAAAUGUGGUGGCGGGGCAAAAAAAACUCUGAACAAUAAACAAAUUUGUAGCUCA